AUGCCCCUUAAUUUAGACAAAAAGUUUGAAGGUUGGGAAAAUGGUUUGGACCCCGAAGAUUUCUCCCUUCUCUCCAUCCUGAAAUUCCGUAAGAAAAAAGAUGAUUUCUCGUUUCAUAGAGUGGUCGAGCAUACUCUUGUAUCAAAGUUCGUUUCAUACGUUGCAGAAAAUGCAGAUGAAAAUUGGAGGAAGGUGGCCUCCAUCCUUAACAAAGAUGGUGAGCUAAAGGUGAGGCCAGUUAGGUUCAUUAUUGACACACAUAUUGACACACAAAGUGGCGAAGGAAUAGAGAAGAAGUUGGACGCUGUCAAAACAACCGCCUAA